UGUAUAACUUACACACACACACACACACACACACACACACACACACACACACAGACAGCAGUAGGUGCUCUCAGGCACAGUAGCAGCUGCAGGGCAUUUUUUUUUCCAGCCUGGACCAGCCAACCAGUCAGUACACUGGGAGAAAAGUAGGUUACUUGUGCUUUUUGGAGUGUCAUCUGAUCCUGCGUUCAUCAUAACCCAAGCCCCUCUGUAACGUGUCAGGGGGAAAUGUCAGACCCAACAGAGGAACUCACCAACAAGUCCUUCGCGGCCCGGUUGUCCAAUGUUUACCUCAGCAUCUUGGCGCUGUUCUGCUUUAAGCUCCUUAUUAAGAUUUCUCUCAACUUGCUGACAUACUUCUACAUUAUCCGUGGAAACCGUAAAGAGGCUGCCAGGAUAUCAGCGGAGUUCUAUGAAUAUGGUCAACACAGGUCCUGGGUGGACCGCUCACCCCUCCACGAUGCUGCGAGUCAGGGCCGCCUUCUGGCUCUGAAGAGCCUCAUUUCACAGGGUCACAGUGUGAAUGUUCGGACUAUAGACCAUGUGACACCCCUUCAUGAGGCCUGUGAUGGAGACCAUGUCGCUUGUGCCAGAGCUCUCAUUGAUGCAGGAGCAAAUGUCAAUGCUUUUACAAUUGAUGGAGUCACCCCUCUGUUCAACGCCUGUACAGUGGGGAGUGUGGCAUGCACAGAAAUUCUUUUGGAAAAUGGAGCAAAACCCCAAAGCCUUGUAUACCAUCCAUCACCAAUCCAUGAAGCUACAUGCAAAGGUCAUUACGGUUGUGUGGAGGCUCUGGUGACUUGGGGGGCAGAUGUGGACAUGGACAUUCCUCACCUGGGCACAGCGCUCUAUACAGCCUGCGUCUGCCAAGAGCUGGAGUGUGCCAGGAAACUCCUGAGGGAAGGUCAGCUCGCAGCACAGUGUGGAUCUUUACAUCUCCAUACAGACAGGCACACAUCCUGUGCAAAUGUACAGAAAGGCAAAUCCAUGGAUUCACCCUUACAUGCAGCUGCAGAAAAAGACUGCACAGCUGUAGUGAAGCUGUUGCUGGACUUUGGUGCGGACAUUAAUGCCAGAAACAGAGAGCUUCAGAGGCCUAUAGAUGUGGCUCCACCCAGCAGUCUAACAGAGGGUUUCCUACUGAUAUAUGAAGCUACACCACGACUGCUGAGCCAGCUGUGUCGUCAGUGCAUCAGGAACUGCGUCGACCGUGACAGACUCCACCUUCUUUCCCACCUGCCCCUGCCCAUCAGGCUAAGAAACUACCUGCAGUACCAAUAACAGGCAGAACAACCAAACUGCCUGCCUAAAUGGGACGUAGAGAAAUAAGCCUUUGUCCCAAAGAGCAAAUCAACUCCAUGAACUAUUACCUACUACCUUAGCUACCAGUCAAUUAGCAGCCACUGAGUAGCUGGCAGUACCAAGCUGAGUUGAGCUGGCCUGCAACCUAUGUGAUUAUUAAUCUGGAUGAAUGUAAAGCAGGGGGUUCUAAAAAGGAGCCAGAGCCUUCCCUGGAUAAAUUAUGGUUAAACAAUAUAAUAACAAAAUAGUAUUUGCAAUUCAGGUUUGCCUUAUUUAGAAGAUGCCUUAAUAGUUGCAAUAGCUACCAAAGUGAUUGCAACAUUACAUAAUAUUACAAUGUCAUAUAAUACACAAUACAUGUGAAUGAAUAUGCAUAGUUUUUGGUAGAUAUAUUAUAUAUUGCAUUGCACACUUCUAGAUGAUUAAAAUCGUUUUGAAACCU